AUGGGAGACGCUGUUCUGGAGAAUCGUUCCAACAGCGUACUUUUUGUUGGUCACCCGCUGAUUAACCUACUUGCCCGCGCCGACUAUUCUGUGAUUGAGCGGCUUGGAGUUGCGAAGGGGGAGUCCAACUUGGUAACGCGUGACACUUUUGACGAACUGGAGAAGUUAGUAAACGUUGAAAACAUGAGCCCUGGUUGUUCUUCAUCGAACAGUGCCAUUGCGUAUUCAUACUUGGGCGGCAAGACCUCUUACUACGGUUUGAUGGGUGAUGAUGAUGAGGCUACAGCUUUCGGCGACAUGCUGGCGACUUACGGUGUUGAUAACAUUGCCAUUCGGGUUCCGGGUCAACGAACGAGUCAGGUGUACUGCCUUGUGACGCCAGAUGCUGAUCGUACAAUGUAUGUAUUAUUUGGCGCGUCGCACACGAUGAAGCCGUCUGACCUUGACGAGAACAUUAUGGAAAGGUUCGACUACUACGCCGUGAACGGUUUCAUGUUUGCUGACGAGGAUCAAGUAGCGUUGACCAACAAGAUGGUUGAAUCUGCUCUUAGCCGCGGUAAAGGUGUCAUCACGCUCUUUGCCAACAGCUUCUGCAUUCGCCGCAACGGCAAGUACUUGAAACCUAUCGCCGACGUUUCUGCUUAUAUUUCUGGAAAUCUUGAGGAAUAUACGGAGUUAUACGAAAUAUAUAGCCGUGAAGAAUUGUUCUCUAUGUUUGAAGAGCGUACGUCAGGUUCAACGCCUCAACACAAAGCCGUUGUCAUCACAAUGGGUAGUGAAGGUGCUAUGGUCAUGUGCCAGGGUACGCGUGUGUAUGUCCCUCCGUGCAAUGUGGAAGUCGUAGACACGACUGGUGCUGGUGACUUCUUUGCUGGUUCGUUCCUUUACGGUGUGUUGAACGGUUGGAACGUAAGGAAGGCUGGUCAGUUCGCAGUUGCAAUGGUGAGUGAUAUAAUAUCACAUAUGGGUCUUACCAUUAGUAAAGACACACGCGCUGUGAUCGAUGCCAUAAAGAAUGCUGACCCAGACGAAAUCGAUUGCAAAAAUUGCAGACUUAUAAGGUUGUGA